AUGAAAGAGAUGAAGAGGAUCAUCAAGCAUGUAUUGGAUACGAGAGGACUCGGAUUGAAAAUUGAACCGGUCAUUGGAUCUAAAGGUUUACCAUGCAAGAGACCCAGCGGCUUUAUCGUUUACCUAUGUGGAUUCCCUAUCUGUUGGAGAAGCAAAGCGCAACAAACAGUGACUUUGAGCAGCGCAGAAGCAGAAUGGAUUGCCUUGAGCGAAAUGGCAAAAGAACUAUCGUUUAUCGCACAGAUCCUGGAAACCAUGGGAGUAAAAGUCGAAUAUCCAAUUGUUAUUCAAGUUGACAAUACCGCGGCAAUUUUCAUGGCGACAAAUGUUGCAACGAACCAGAGAACACAACAUGUGGACAUUCGCACAAAAUUUGUAACGCAAUACACUGGACCGGAUGGUAUUUUGAAGAUUUUAUUUGUCAAAGGAACUGACAAUGAAUCUGACAUCAUGACAAAGAAUGUAUCUGGAAACCUACACAAGAAACACAUCCCGAAGAUGAUGACAAAUGUCAAUGAAGGAACUACAAAAUAG